AUGUGUCGAUACAUCUUCCACCACUAUACCGGCUGCGGCCACAUCGCCAACUUCGAUUUCCGUAGCUGCGUCGAGGUCAUUAAUCUGCUGCGCGGAUUAUCUCAGCCAGGCUCGAACUCACCCGAUCUGAUUUGUACCAACGUCAAGGUCGAACACGACUUGUGCUCUCCUGAGAUGGAGGUCUACUGUCUGCAGUGUGAAAUUGACUUUCAAGCUGAAGGAGCUGUUCGGACCAUCUCGGACUACCCGGACUACAUUUCAAUUGAAGGGAUCGACAGCUCAGACCCCGUCAUCACCACCAAGAUGCAGUGGCAGGUUCCAAGGUCCCGAAAGCGCGAUUUCAACGAGGCCUUUCUUGAUCUUGACCUUGAUGGCGACCACAAAUCUGAUAGCAGCAAUGACACAACGGUUCAGCCCAACACCAUUGCCAAUGCGUCAAUCACCAGUUCUCCUGAGCUAUGGCACGACUUUGUCGAUGUUCCGCUCAAUGCCCAUGACCAGAACGCUGUUGAACAUGACGAAGAAGACCACUGUCCCAACCCGCCCAAAAAACGUAAUGACUCCAUCUCCGAAGACUACGUGGUGAUCGGUACUGACAUCCUCACCACCCAGGCAGAACGACUUACUAGCCGUGCCGGCGACGAGGGAGACGAGGACGAGGACGAGGAUGACUUCUACACCUUGUGGUUGUCUGACUCCGACUCGGACUCGGGAGAUGGCGACAUAGAAGACGACAGCAAAUCCCUCAUACGCCAGUUGGAGAGAUUUACUUUCCCAAAUUACCGAUCUACACCUCGAAGCCCUGAUAUCCCUAUUUCACCGCGUACCCGUCCUUGUCCCGACCCGCUGCCUCUGUACGUGGGGUUUCCCGGCCAGCCCCCGGAAAGAUCGCCUAGGACCCUUCGGCCUUCAUCUAGGGGAGGCUAUCUCGAUGCGAGGACGGACCUGCAGUCGCCUAUAUUUGAUGGGUUUCCGGGUAUUUAUCCGGACGAGGAGGAAUUGGGACUGCGAUCGCCUGGUCUUGUGAGUUUCCCGCGAAUUCUGAUUAAAGAUGUUGAUGAGGAGGAGAAGAAGAAAGAGCAAGAGAAAGAGAAGGUAGAGGCGGGCAAGUCGACUGGUAAGGUGCUGGAUCUUAGUGCGAGUUUGGCUUCUGGUUCGGGGUGUGCUGCUGCUCUAUUGAAGGGGUUGAAUUUCGCCAUGCAGAGGAAGUGA